AUGUCAAGCUCACAACUCUCCGCCGUCUCCAUGGAUCCCUACCAAUGGCGCGAGUCCGUCCUCUCCACCCGCUCGCUCUCCUACCUCAGCACCGCCGAUGCGCUCGCCCCACCAACCCACACUAGUCGCAACCCGAGCAACGCAUAUGGCCGCCGUAGCACAAUGGAUUCCGAAUCAAACUACGGGGAUGAUCUCGAGAUGGCGGAUGCGGAAGGCGAUACAAGCCUGCCGCGAAGAGAUGAGACAGGUCUAAGCGACGUCCACGAGCUACCGGAGAGUGUAGCACAGUGUCCACUCUUCACCCUCCCACGAGAGAUACGAGACAGAAUCUACACCUUCUGUCUAACAGCAGCCGAGAACCUGCCAAUAGAAUGGCCACACCUCCCCCUCGCCAACCUCCGCUACGGCCUCCAACCCCAACUCCUCCGCACCUGCAAACCAAUCUACACCGAAACCGGGCCCUUACUCUACACCCUCAACACCCUAACCUUCCACCACCCCAGCGACGCCAACAUGCUAGUCCGCGCCCUCGCCAAUCCCACUCUAAGUCGUCAACACAUCACAAACCUCAGCCUGCACAUAAAACACACUGACACCCGCCUCUGGAUGCCCUACUUCACAACCACCGACCCCUACCGCAGCCUAAAAGCCGACUUCCCCUCCCUCCGCGACCUAGGCAUCCGCUACCGAAGCAACAAAUGGAACCACUCCCUCUCCCCCGACGCGAACCUCAAAAACUGCCUCGACGACACCCGGCUAGAUGAAAUCAUCGACAGCCUCCGCGGCAUCUACUUCUCUCCACCCCCACCUCAACCACCCUCCUCAUCCACCCGCGGCGAACCGGAACACGAAUGCGUCAAACCCCUCAACGAAAUGAACGAGUGGGAAUUCAUGCGUUUCGUCGACGCCCGGAGACCGGGCGAGGAUAUGGCGUUUAAGCGACAGCUCCUGGAAUUACACAAGGCGCAUGCGCCGCAGGCAUGUGCGCGGCCUGAUCCGCCGAGGGUGAAGGUGAUUUGUGCUUGUCGAGUGCAUAGUGCGCAUUUUAACCUGUUGACUUCGACUUCUGAGGGUAGUCUGCAACAGAGUGCGCAACAGCAACAGCAUGGAGUACCGCCACCACCGCCACCGCCACCGCCGCCUCCACAUCACGGUCAUGGUCAUGGGCAUGGUCCCCUCGGUCCAAUCGCCGCACUCCUACCCAACUUGACAGCAGGCGCAACAAUAUCAGCCCCCGAGUCCCCCGUGGCGGCCUCACCUACGGCAGUAAAGGAGGGAGAAGUGUUCAGGGGCUUCACAGCGGUAGACUUCCGCGCGGCGAAUGUGAGGAAGUUGCAUGAUCCGGAUUUGGGGAGUGCCAAGGUGGCGCGGACGGUGUUUGCGGAGAGGAAGCGGGUUUUGUUGGGCUUGGAGAUUCAUUGUUUGGAUUCGGCUAGUAGGAGGGAGUGA